UUUUCAAUUGGGACUUGGCCUGGCGCAUAUAAAAGGGGGAGGGAGAGCUGGCCGGUUGCGUCGUGAGAGAUUCGUCGAACCGCGAGACCUAGCGAUCCCAGCGUCUGCUUCGGUAAAUUUGGAAAAAUGUCGGCCGCCGGCGAUGAAGACAAGAAGCCCUCCGACCAGUCGGCUCACAUCAAUCUCAAAGUCAAGGGCCAGGACGGGAAUGAGGUUUUCUUUCGGAUUAAGAGGAGUACUCAGCUUCGGAAACUCAUGAAUGCAUACUGUGAUCGCCAGUCGGUGGAGAUGAACUCUAUUGCUUUCUUGUUUGAUGGGCGCAGGCUUCGGGGCGAGCAGACCCCUGAUGAGCUCGAGAUGGAGGAUGGAGAUGAAAUCGACGCAAUGCUGCAUCAAACUGGUGGGGCAUUGGCAUCUGCAAAUUAGUGUGGUGAAAGCAUUGCCUCAGAGCAGUAUCAUUCGAAAGGCUUUUUAUCUACUUAAAGUUGAAGCUACGGUUCCUGUAAAUCCUUUGGAUCCUUGGCGAACUCAAGAUUAGACCUAAUGAAUGAACCUUGGAUUUUGCCUGUGAGCAACUAGACCUCGACUUUGUUUCUCUACUUAAUUUCGCUGUGCAUUGGUCGUCUAGACCUCUAGUCGAGUACUGUGUUAUUGCCCUACUCUUCCAUUUGAUUGGGAUCACCGCCUUGUUAAUAGAGCGAUAUCUGUCCAUGUUGGUUUUGGAGGAAACAUGAGGCCUCGAGUUCACUUUUUGUUAAUCAGUUUAUUUAAGGUUUCCGUGAUUGUGAUCGCGUAA